AACCGUCGAUGACUACAACUUCAAGUCUUGGAAGUUGGAAGUAGUUGUGUGGUUGCUGUAUAGUUUUCUUACACCAAAUAUACGAAUAAACAAUCAGUUUCUUCAUUCCGAUCACUUGUUUUUCUCUCUCUAGGAAUCGUUGCGCCGGCGCAGCAUGAAAAGGCACAGAAGCGAAUUCAUCGGACUGCACAUUCUAAACAAUCUCAUCAUCCGCCGCCGCCGCCGCCGCAGCUUCCUCCUCCCCUUGCUCUCCGCCGCCUGCGGCUGUUUGCUUCUUCUCUGCGCAGCUCUUUCCGUCAUUCGCUGCCACCGCCUCCCUUCGAACACCUCAAUUAAAGGAAGAAGCUCAGACCUUGAACCAUGGAGUUCGAUUCAAUCGAAUCGCUUUUAUGGCUGCAGCAAUGCCAGCAGUGACUUUAGAACUGCGGAAAUGAAAACAGAGCCAAACAGAUAUCUGCUGAUCGCAACUAGUGGAGGAUUGAAUCAGCAAAGAACUGGGAUAACAGAUGCUGUAGUUGCUGCCUACAUCUUAAAUGCGACCCUCAUCGUGCCGAAGCUCGAUCAAGAUUCCUUCUGGAAGGAUCCAAGCAACUUCUCCGACAUCUUCGACGUGGAUUGGUUCGUGUCGUACCUGUCUAAAGACGUUAAGAUCAUACAACGGCUACCCGAAGGAGAGGUAGGGGAAGUCAGGACCGCUCGGGUUCCUAGGAAAUGCGAUGCAACAUGCUACCAAUCGCGCAUCUUGCCUAUCUUCAAGAAAAAGAGCGCUGUGCAACUUACUAAAUUCGAUUACAGGCUGUCAAAUUGGCUUGAUCAAGACUUGCAGAAACUGAGGUGCAGAGUUAACUACCAUGCUCUCAGAUUCACUCAUCCCAUUCUUCAAAUGGGAAGGAAAUUAGUUGACAGAAUGAGAAUGAAAAGCAACCGUUUUGUUGCAUUGCAUUUGAGAUACGAACCCGACAUGCUGGCAUUCUCAGGCUGCUACUACGGCGGAGGCGAGCGCGAAACGCGAGAGCUAGGCGCGCUGCGGAAGAGGUGGAAAACCUUACACACAAAGGAUCCUGACAGAGAAAGAAGGCAAGGAAAAUGUCUAUUAACGCCGGCGGAAAUCGGGCUGAUGCUGAGCGCGUUAGGAUUCGGAGACGACGUCCACGUUUACGUAGCUUCCGGCGAGAUCUACGGCGGGGAAGCGACGGUGGCGCCGCUGAGAGCUCUCUUCCCAAAUCUCCACACCAAGGAGAGCCUCACGAGCAAGGAGGAACUAGCCCAAUUCUCAUCCUACUCCUCUCGCUUGGCUGCAUUGGAUUUCUUUGUCUGCGACGAGAGUGAUGUUUUUGUUGCCAACAACAAUGGAAACAUGGCAAAGAUACUUGCCGGAAGAAGGAGAUAUUUUGGUCAUAAGCCAACGAUCCGUCCCAACGCGAAAAGGCUACACGAGUUGUUCCUCAACUGGGAUAAGAUGGCGUGGGGCGAGUUCUCAUCGCGUGUUUGGAGCGCCCAAGUUGGCUUCAUGGGAGAGCCUAGUGAGGCUGAAGCGGGGCGGGGCUCGUUCCACGAGAACCCUUUCUCUUGCAUAUGCAGAGAUACUGAAGCCAAGGAUGGUGUGGAAGGAAGUGGAGGGAUGUUUGUUGGUGAAGUGAGUGAGGAAGCAAUCUUCUUUGAAGAUGAUCAAGAUUUAGCAGAAGCAGAAUAUGUUGAUGAUGGUAAUGGAAUUUAAGCAAUCCUUUUUGCUACUCAAACUUAACAAUUUUUGGGGCUCUUUGUUGGAAGAAAGCAUGCAUCUAUUGGUGAAUGGUGAUGCUCAAGUAAUAAGUGUUCAAUCUUCUUUUCUUUAAAUGAGUGUUGAUUCUUCAAGUUCUUUUUGUUUUUUUUGUUUUUGGUUAAGUGUAUAUCACCCGUUACUUGUAGAUUGGUUGUAGUUUCUUACCUUUUCCCCUUCAUUUUCUAAAGUAGUUAAUGAUGGGGAAGUGUUGGUGUAAUGCUAUUGAUUCUUCUUUCGACUAAGAUUUACAUUUAUGUUAGCUUAAUAAUAAUAAGAGUUAGUGUUUUAUA